AUCAAUUACCUACUUAGCAGGAGACCACAUAUGUCCAUGUCAACAUCAAUCACGGAUUGCGGGAUAUUUCUCAGAUUGUAUGAUUAAUUUUAUGAUGCAGAGUCUGUCAAAAUUAAAUUGAAAUUACACCAUGUGAAGGUUUUAAUAAAGUCCUCCGGUUAUGCGAAAUAUAAAAAAGGGCAUUAAAAUCUGGCACCGUCAACGUCACAGCCUCCCCAGUUAAAUACAAACCGUGUUUAUGAUUACAAUGCUACGUUAAUGUGCAGUUUACAGUACGGAUUCUCGUCAUUUUUCAACUAGCUUCGCACAAGUUUAGUGAGCUGAUUCAAUUCUUAUCUCAAAAUGGAAUUGGGCCCAUACGUUCCAUUAGAAUCAACCAAUUGCAGGUUGGAAUCCUUUCUUGGAUUUGGGUCAUUCGGCUACGUCUUCCAGGGGGUGAAUGAACGGGGAAAGGUCUCCGCCGUCAAAAUAAUAUUCGUUGAGACCUCGGGUAGAACCCCGGAAGAGCAGGAAGCUGAGAAGCAUCGACUCUCCCGAGAAUAUAAACUAAUAGCUGGAAAGAAACAUGACAAUUUAGUCGAAAUCUUGAAAUCAACCCACAAACCGUUCACUGUAGAAGACAUCCAAGCUUUGCUGGACAUUCCAUGCAUUCAAGAUAGAGAUGACAUUCGAGCAACACUUCGCUACAGAUUGUUUCAAGCUGAGGAGAAAAAGCAAAUCCCGACAUUAUCCAUCCAAAUGGAGCUGUGCGGCAAGACGUUGCGUCACUGGUUAAACAUUAAUAAUGAGGUUGACAAUCCAAACUUGCGUUCAGUCCGUCGGAACAUAGUUAAGGACAUGUAUGAUGGUCUAAAGUACCUUCACCUUAAUAAAAUCAUACAUCGUGACUUCCGUCCAGAAAACAUUAUGUUCUCCUUCUCUUCAAAUGGGGAAGAGUUCGAAUUUCCGGUUAAAGUGGGAGAUUUCGGUUUAUGUCGAAGGGUCCAUAGUGAAUAUACUGUCACUGAAACACUAACCCCUUUUGUAGGCAGUGUGACUUAUCGUGCUCCUGAAACUAAUUUUACGGAUUACAGCAUUCCUGCAGAUUUGUACUCGUUUGGUUUAGUAUCUUGGGAAAUUCUCCAGGUAAUUAAGCAGAAGGAUACGAGAUCGAUGUUCCACAGGCUGGUGCAUGAUUCACAAAAUCAUCUUGUUAUUGGGGCAGACUGGUGGUUUCCAAGGUGGGCAGAACUCAUUAUUCAGCUUACUAAAAGACGCGUUCAAGAUAGAAUUCAAGGCUGUGAAGAUAGAUUGUUAAUGGGCGCUCUUAGAUCCGAAAUUACUGUAGAGUCGCAUAAGCAAUUCUCUGCUAUCCAAGACUUCCUGGUUCCAGGCUAUAUCGUAAAUAUUAACAUUAAGGACAAAGCAAGCAAGUUUUACUAUUUUAAAGUUGAUCAUGUCACGUUUAACGGGGUUAAUGCUUUAAGCCUUCAGCAUUUGAGGUUAGAAAUUGGCGGACAUUCAUGUAAAAUUAAAAAUCUUGCAUUAGAAUCUUUACGCAUACAAAGUAAUAAUUGUAUUGUCAGUAAUGUAAUUUGUGACCAGAUGGAUAUUGAUGGAGAUGGAAACCAAUUGAUUAACAUUGAAACUUUGCACAUGGGUGAAGCUGUAGGCAAUUCCGGCUUCGGGAUUUCUAUAUGGGGGGACAAUAAUAUUUUAGAAUCGUUCAAAUGUUGUAAUAUCCUUGCUAAAGUGAUGGAAAAUCAUGAACGCAGCAUACUCCGUCAGAGUGUUGACUGGGAAGCUUUCGCCCAACGAUUCGGCCCGAUAUGCAUUUAUUUGUCAAAGUCCAGCGAAUCGUGCAUAAUUAAAAAUGCUAAUUUACGCAAUGCCUUCAUAAGUGGAGCAAGACAUGGUUUGCUGGACAUCGAGUGCAAUAAUGUCAUUCAGAUUAAUGGGUUAGACCACAGCACCAAAAACUUAGAUGCCGUUAAUCUCAUCGAUAAUUCGAAAAGGAGCUUAAUAAGGUUAGAUUUUUACAAGAACUAAACAUUGAUUUAAAGAAGUGCACAAAUGUCAUUUUUUGUAAAAAUGUGUCAAUUUAAUUCAUGUGUAUAUACUUUAGGAUUUGUCGUAUUAAUUUGAACCUUCACCCAUUUCUUAAGAUUUAUCAAUGAAG